UUCUCCUGUCUUCACAGUGUUAGGGGUUAAGAGUACAGUGGCAGCAGCGACCGCUUAGAAAUACAAUAACUUAUUUUGUGAAUGUACAUUCCCGACAGUCGUUCCACGAAACCUUCGUUUGCCUAAUACAAGUGAGUUUUCCCACACAGACUUAGUUGUACAGUAGUUUUUGGAAGCUAUGUGCGGAUAGCAGUAGCACACGGCCGUCAGUGCGUCCGAUGUAAAUCACGAUGCCCCUCGGUCCUGCCAACCAGUCUCAGCUAAUUCGAGCCGGACAGAAGGACGAGUACUAUCAAACCUUUCUUAGGAACAACGCAAAUGAAGCCUUUCAAACGUUUGCCGGAUCCAAAAAGUGGCUCGACUGGAGGAAGGAAGUUGAGCUGGUUUCAGACGUCGCCUAUUUUGGUUUAACAACACUCAUAGGUUACCAGACCCUGGGUGAGGAGUAUGUCAACAUCAUCCAAGUUGACCCCAGUAAAAGACGCAUCCCCUCCCUAACCAGACGAGGUGUCUUUGUUUUCUGCCAUACAUUCCUGCCCUACCUCUUGGACAAGGUUUUGGUCUGUUUGGAGAACGAGCUCGAAGGCCCACAAGAACCUGGCUGCAGUAUCAGACGGCGGCAGGCAGCAUUUGGGGCUUGGAGCCUUGAACUGUGGCUGAGGAGAUCCAUGCGGAGGGCAGUAGGACUCUUGUCAGAGCCCCAGAGGAGAAAGUGUUUGCCAGCUGUGUUUGCCCUCCAGCAGACACUGACGCUCCUGCACAGAUUCCACGUGGCUCUCUUUUAUGUCAGCGGCAUUUUCUAUCAACUGUCCAAGAGGGCUUCAGCAAUCAGCUACCUGCAUUUUACAGGGACGCGUAGUGAUGACAGGACCAUCAGGAGCUGCUACAGGCUGCUGGGCGCCGUCUCCUUCAUCCAGCUGCUCAUCACAGUGUGUCUGCAGCUCAACAACUUUAGACAGAGACAGAGAGCCAGGCAGGAGUGGAAGCUCUACAGGAACCUCCCUGGAAGUCCACAGCAAACCCAGAAGUCAAGGUCCCGGGCCGCUCGCUGCAUCCUUUGCCUGGAGGAGCGCAGACAUCCGACUUCUACCCCCUGUGGACACCUCUUCUGCUGGGAGUGUAUCACAGAGUGGUGCAACACCAAGAAAAGCACCAUGCCUGUGGUGAAACUGGAGGAAUGUCGAGAAAAGAUUCGCAAAGAGUUGAACAACGUUGUGGACUUCUGGCUGAAAUACUCUCAUGACACUGUUUUUGGCGGCUUCUUCAAUUGUAUUGGGAAGAACGGGACGGUUUAUGAUGAGCUGAAAUAUGUCUGGUUGCAGGGUAGACAGGUGUGGAUGUACUGUCGCCUCUAUAGAACAAUGGCUAGAUUCCACAGGCCUGAAAUCCUUGAAGCAGCAAAAGCUGGAGGGACUUUCCUCAGGAAGUUUGCUCGUGUUUCCAGCAGCAAUGGUCAGAUGAAGUGUGCGUUCUGUUUAACACGAGAUGGUAAAGCAGUGAAAGUACAGAGGACAAUCUUCAGUGAGUGUUUCUACAUCAUGGCUUUAGACGAACUGAGCAGAGUCACUGGUGACAAGGACAUGCAGCAAGAGGCUGAACAGAUGAUGGUGCAGCUCAUCUUCUGGGUUCAGGUUGACCCAACAGGUUUGGGCCGACCCAGCCUACCUGGUGACACACCCACCAACAGCAUGGCAGUUCCAAUGAUGCUGAUGUGCCUCGUGCAGCAACUCACUGACGGCCGUGGUCAGGGAGCAGUCUUGAAAUACAAAAAGUUGAGCAGCUGGUGCGUGCAGAAGAUUCUCGAACAUGUCCAGAGAGAUGGCACAGCUGUUUUAGAGAAUGUGUCGUUGGAGGGGGCAGAGCUACCAGGUUGUCAGGGCCGCCUGCAGAAUCCAGGCCAUGCCCUGGAAGCAGGCUGGUUCCUACUUCAAUACACUACUCAAUGGGGGGACAAGGAGCUGCAGGAGACAGCCAUCAAUAAGUUUGUGGAGUUACCCUUUCAGUAUGGCUGGGAUAAAGAGCACGGUGGCCUCUUCUACUUCCUGGAUGUAGAUGGGCACUGUCCCACCCAGUUGGAGUGGAGUAUGAAACUGUGGUGGCCUCACUGUGAGGCUCUUGUCGCCUUCCUCAUGGCCUACAGCCAAACCAAAAGGCCUGGACUGCUGGAGAAAUUCUCUCAAGUUUAUGACUACACAUUUAGCCACUUUUCUGAUGACCAACAUGGUGAAUGGUUUGGCUAUCUGUCACAAGAUGGAAAAGUAGUUCUGGAUUUUAAAGGGGGUCCCUUUAAAGGGUUCUUCCAUGUACCACGCUGCCUGUAUAUGUGCGAGCGUAUUCUGGAUGAUCUGCUGGAUAAUAAAGCAUGAACAUUCUCUCCAUUGUGUUUUAGAUUAGAAGAGAAACAUAUUUUUAAACUGUUGCAAAUCAAAGUAUAAUGAAUGUAUUUUUUAAAAUAUUAUAGCUGUAUGUGUGUAUCUUCAGUUGCAGAUUUAUUAUGAAAUAAAACACUCCCAUGAUGA